GGGCGGUGGAGCUCCUCUUCCCCUGAAGAGGGAAAGGGAGGGGGUCUCAGGGAGAGAGGCGGUGCUGCUGCCGCUGCGGCUGCUGCUCUCGCGCGUUUGAGCUGCCGCGGGAACUCGCGAGGGGCGGGGCCCCGCGGGGCCCCGCCCACCCCUUAUAAAUAGGGCCGAAGCGUCGGGCAGCCGGGGCUGGUUGGAAUGUGGGGCUGGUGUUACUUGUUGCGUUACCGCCGGGACGGGGGACCCCUGCGCGCGGGUGGGUGGGCGUGGGGAUCCCGCCAGCGGCAGCCGUCGAGCCAGGGCCCCCGGCCGCACCCUGGUUCCGCUAAGGUCCCGGCCGGAGCGGAGGGCGCCCGCUCGCCGCGGGAAACGGCGCUGCCGCUCAGUGGCCCUGGCCCCCGAUGCAAAGAGUUUACUUUUGGAAAGCCUCGCUGCCGGCUCCGAUUAGGUAGCCGGGUUUUAAGCCUCUAAGGAAGAGUCCCUGCCGCCGGUCGAGUGUGUGAGGGCACGACCCCCGGGCUGCGCUGCACCUGCAGCUCCCGGGCCCCGCGUGCGCCACCACGCCUGCCCCGCAGAAAGGGAACCCCGGAGGGCUCGGCUUUUGUCGCCCUGUACCCGAGAGCCAUCCCUGCGUGUGACCCUUAAACUUGCCUAAGUGCCUCCAGGGCCAGGCUCGCUCACUCGCUCGCCCCUGGACCGGCAUCACCUCCCGACCUGGCUUCGUUCUGUGUGCUUUUAAUUUUGUGAGGCUUACACUCCCUUUCUCUUUGUUGGCUUGGCUCGCAUCACUGGGCAUGUGUUUAACCCACCACCUCUUUCCAAGGGUGCUAGAACGCUCUCCUGUUGUGAAGGUUAAUUUAGUUGUUAAGUGGAUAAUCAUUUCUUCCACGAAACCAGACACACGUAAAGCGCAAUGUGUUGCUGUAUAGACAGAACACAAGCAGAGAAGGAGAAGAGAGAGAGGGAGACACAGAAUCCAAAGCAGGCUCCAGGCUCCGAGCUGUCGGCACAGAGCCCGACACAGGGCUCGAACCCACAAACCAUGAGAUCAUGACCUGAGCAGAAGUCAGACGCUUUACCGACUGAGCCACCCAGGAGUGGCCCUCUCUUACCGUGCUCCCGAACCCACUGGCUGGAGCCUCGACUACACCCUGCCAGCGUCCGGCAUUUGGGCGGUGAAGGUACAGGUGCAUAGGAGCAUCUCUGUGGAGCAGGCGCUGGUCCGGGAGCUGGAUUGGGUGGCGGACAGGACAGACAGCCCUGCCGGACAGAGCUCGUGUUCCAUAGGAGGGCAAGCCCAACACAACAUGCAGACCAAUAAGGGGGGUGCAUUGGGAUGCCUAAGACAUCCCCACAACCGACCAUGAGAACCAGAGAAAAAUCCAGGACUUAUCCUGAGGGAUUGACGAUGCGCUGGGCUGACUGCUCACAGAGAGAAGAUUCCCAGCACCCCAAGACCCCAAGAUUCUGCAUCACCCUCUCAGUCACUGCCUUCUGUGGAUUCCGGGGUUCUUACAAAAGCAAGCAUCCUCCCUGCCGUGAGAUCUGCAGAGACCCAGGGCAAGGCGCAGGCUCUGUGGGCAGGGCCGGGACAGACGGAAGGACCUGUCAGACCUGCUCGUCGGCUGUUCAGCCCGUCGUGGGUCAGCCUGCCUUUGCUUCUCCCGGACAAGGAAGGCGAGGGCAUGGAGUCUGUGCCCGAGAGAGCAGGUGAAAGGAGGGGAAGGAAGGUUCCUACACCCAGCUGCCUGCUGCUGGUGUCUUUGGUGCCUGAACUUUGAGUUUUGGAGCAAGUCACGUGGCUCGAGAGCAGGCAGGCCAACUUGGCGCUGGCUUGGGGGGCUACUGCGCCCAGCCCCGUCCCGCCCCGCAGCCCGCAGAGAAGGGAGCCGGCGGCCGGCACCGCACCUGGCCACGGAGGGGACACCGGAUCCCAGCGCGCCGUGAGGACUGCCCGUGGGAAGGAGCUGGAGGGUCCUUGGUGAGCUCCUUCGUCCUCCUAGGGAUUGUGGGGGGCCGUUCACGGACGCGGGUUCUCCACCCACUAUUCCCCGUUUUCCUUAGUUUACAAGGGUUGAUUGGCUCUGCUUUUCCAGCAUUUUUACUACACAGACCUCUUCAAGAGGCAUUCGAGCCCCGCCGGCCCAGCUGGCCAUUUCCAAGGAAAAGGGCCAAAUCGCAGCAAUUCAGGGGUCUGAGAGGACGUCACCACAGCGCUGAGUGCAACGGAGGACAGAUGGAAAUGACCUACAUUCCCGAGCACGCGGUCAUGGCGACCCUUCACCGCACAGACUCGACGCUCACAGCCCUGGAUGAGGAGACGUUGUGGGACAUGAUGGAGAGCCACCGCCACAAGAUCGUGAGCAGCAUCUGCCCCAGCCGCCUCACGCCCUACCUGCGCCAGGCGAAGGUGCUGGACCAGCUGGACGAGGAAGAGGUGCUCCACAGCCCCAGGUUCACCAACACGGUCAUGAGAGUCGGGCACUUGCUGGAUUUGCUGAGGACUCGAGGGAAGAAUGGAGCCAUUGCCUUCCUGGAGAGCCUCAAGUUCCACAACCCUGACGUGUACACCCUGGUCACCGGGCUGCAGCCCAAAGGGGACUUCAGCAACUUCAGUGGGCUCAUGGACACGUCCAAGCUGACCGAGUGCCUGGCCGGGGCCAUCAGUAGCCUGCAGGAGGAGCUGGGCCAGGAGAAGGGGCACAAGGAGGCCCUGCGGCGGCGCUGUCGGCAGCUGCAGGAGCGCCUGGGCCAGGCGGAGGCCCGCGUGCGGAGCCUGGGCCAGCUGGAGACCGACCAUGACCGCGUGAAGCGCGAGGUGCUGAAGCUGAAGGAUGAGAUGCUCAGCCUGUCGUUGCACCACAGCAACGCGCUGCAGGAGAAGGAGCUGGCGGUCACCCGGUGCCGCAGCCUGCAGGAGGAGCUGUACCUGCUGAAGCAAGAGCUAGAACGCGAGAAGAUGUCUUCUUCCCACGAGCGGGACUGUCGAGAGCGUUCCCCGCAGAUGGCCGACGGCCUGGGGCCCGGGGACAAGGAGCUGACCCGCCUGAAGGAGGAGAACGAGAAGCUCCGGUCGCUGACGUUCAGCCUGGCGGAGAAGGACAUCCUGGAACAGAACCUGGACGAGGCCCUGGAGGGCACACAGACGCUGGUGGAGCGUAUCCACUCCCUGAGGCAGCGGGCCGUGGCCGCCGAGAGGCAGCGGAAGCAGUACUGGGAGGAGAAGGAGCAGACCUUGCUGCAGUUCCAGAGGACUAAGGUCGACUGUGACAUCUACAAGGAGAAGAUCAGCGCCCUACAGGGCCAGUUGCUGGAGCUGCGGCGAGAGCGAGACCAGGCCUACUCCGCGAGAGACGCGGCCCGGAUGGAGAUUUCUCAGAGCCUGACAGAGAAGGACGCCCUCCGCAGGAAAGUGUUUGAACUGACAGACCAGGUCUGGGAGCUGCGCCAUCGGCUUCACCAGCCACAGGCCGAGUCCCUGCGAGGGCCUGAGCAGGAAGCCGGAGCCCGGGAGCUGUGUCCAAAGGGGAAGCAGCGGCUCGUGCGCAUGUUGGCCAUCUGUCCGCGGGAUGACAGUGACCGCAGCUUCACCGAGUCUCAGCUCUGCUCUGACCUGAGCGCCACAUCCAGCCGUGAGCUGGUGGACAGCUUCCGGUCCAGCAGCCCCAUGCCUCCCAGUCAGCAGUCCCUGUACAAGCGGGCCGCAGAGGACUUCUGGGACGACCCCUGGUCUUUCAGCAGCUUCCCAGAAACCCUGCAGGUGGACCGGGGACCCUCCCCAGGGGCUAAGGCAGGUGCUGCAGACCUGGAUUAUGAGACUGUAGACCCGGCAGAACUUGCCGACUGUGACUGCCUGCAGCCAUCCUCCGGGGGCCUCUCCGUCUCAGCCAGCAGCGUCCCGGUGCGGAGGAGGCCGGCCCGCAAGAUCCUGAGCCAGGUCACCGUGCUGGCCUUCCAGGGGGACGAGCUGCUGGAGCAGAUAAGUGUCAUUGGCGGCAACCUCACAGGCAUCUUCAUUCACCGGGUCACCCCAGGCUCCGCGGCGGACGAGAUGGCCUUGCGCCCGGGCACCCAGAUCAUGAUGGUGGAUUACGAGGCAACGGAGCCCUCGUUCAAGGCCACCCUGGAGGAUACAACUCUGGAGCAGGCCGUCGGACUUCUCCAGAGGGUGAACGGCUUCUGCUGCCUGUCUGUGAAGGUCAACGUGGAGGGUUAUAAGAAGUUGGUCCAGGACCUGGAGGCCAAAGUGGCUACCUCGGGGGACUCCUUCUACAUCCGGGUCAACCUGGCCCUGGAGGCGAGGGCGGUGGGGGAGCUUCAGGUGCAAUGCAACGACAUCCUGCAUGUCACCGACACCAUGUUCCAGGGCCGCGGCUGCUGGCAUGCCCACCGCGUGGGCCCCUAUAGCACGAAGGGCACCGAGAGGGGCAGCAUCCCCAACUAUGCACGGGCUCAGCAGCUGCUCAUUGCUCUGAUCCAGCGGAGCACCAUCGCCUGCAAGCAGUCUUCUGGGGGAGCCCAGAAGCUGGUCCGCAUCGUCAGCGUGGACAGAACCAAGGCCAGCCCUGUGUGCUCGUCCUCUGAGGGGGCCCUGUCGGAGCGCAGCAAGCCAGAAGAGCCCUCCACCACGUGCUUCUGGGCCGAGACCUGCUUCACCCUGGUGCCCUACAGCCUGGUGCGUCCCCACAGGCCCAGCCGGCCCCGGCCCGUGCUCUUCGUGCCCAGGGUGGUCGGCAGGAUCCUGAGCGAGAAGCUGUGUCUCCUCCAGGGGUUUAAGAAGUGCCCAGCAGAGUACUUGAGCCAGGAGGAAUACGAUGCCUCCAGCCAGAGGGGGGACAUCAUCCAGGAGAAGGAGGCAUCCGGUGGCCGCUACUGGGUGACCCGCAGGGCCAUUGAGUCCCUCAUGGAGAAGAACACCCACGCCCUCCUGGACGUCCGGCUGGACAGCGUCCGUGCCCUCCACAGGUCGGAGAUCUUCCCCAUCAUCGUCCACAUCUCCGUCAACGAGAAGGCGGCCAAGAAACUCAAGAAGGCCCUGCAGCGGCUCAACACCUCGGAGCGGCAGCUCCUGGAGGCGGGCAGGCAGGAGGAGGGCGAGCUGGACGAAGUGCCCUGUCUGUACAGCAGCCUGGCCCCCGAUGGCUGGAGUGACCUGGAAACCCUGCUCGGCUGUGUCCGUUUGGCCAUCGCAGACGAGCAGAAGAAGGUUGUGUGGACAGAGAAGAGCCCCCGCUGACGCCCCCGGAGUCCCCUCCAGAAAUUGUGGGGACGUCCGAGUCCCCCCACAGGAGUCCCUGACAACGUGGCCCUGUGCGUUGAGCUCAGGGCCUCUCAGGCACAGCCCAGGGGGUGCUCACCAAACAAGCCCAGCUCUCCGGGCAUUGGCUCUCCUCUCUCACCAGGGUCUGACCUUGAACUACAUGCAGGGGACAAUGGGCAUUCGGACCAUCUCCUCCUCCUCCGAGGCUCCGCGUGGUCUGGAACCAGACGCCCCGAGAACAUUUCCGCAGUGGGGGCGUCUCCCGAGCCUUCCCAGAGCCAGAGGCCCCAGAUGUCCAGAAAACCACCUGUCGGACCCGAAUCACUGUACUUCCCUUUGCAAUUCAAUGUGCCAAAGGGCUUGUUCCAAAGCCACAGUGGCCGCAAGCUGGUAGCCCUGAUGACCCCCAUGGUCACUCCCAUCCCUGCCCAGAGCAGAGACACAACCCCUCUUGUAAUGUCAUCCUGGCUUUCUCAGCUCCUGACGGCAGACAGGUGCCUCAGUAACUCCAAUUUAGAGAGAUGUGUGUAUGUGCUGGGAAGCCUAGUUUCCCAGUGAUGGAAACAGUAUUUUCAGCGGUGCCUGGCGGUUUUGGGGGACCCGUGGGGGUCCUCGAGAAGCCUUCCACAGACACAUUGCACAAAUGCCAUCUGGGCUCCCCCUGAGCCUGGGAACUGCCCCCCUCUAACUGGGUACCUCCCCCUACCAGCUCCUUCUCCAGAGUAAAGCACCUUUACUCCACCUCCAGAGCUCAGGAGACAUUUGGGCGUGGCUUGGGCAGGGACCCCCGGGUCCC